AUGAAGAAACAAGCUCCUGAUCUCAGGGUGAUGACUCAAGGAAAUAAAUCUGUGGAAGAAGACAGUGCUGACAAAAAUCAUAGAAGUUGCUCUGAAAAAGUUAACAGAGAAAAUGCCACUUGUAGUCAUGAACGUACAGCUGUAAAACUGCCAGUAAUAGCAUCAUUUGCAGGUACCACUAAAAAAAUUGUAAUGGUCAAGCACCCAGCACCACCUCAGAAGCCAAGUUACUGCAGGUCUAAUUUUCAUGUUAAUAGCUCCCCUAUCUCAUUAGACAAGACAAAAGCUGUUAGUAAAAUAAAGGAUAGAGUGUGUAUGCUACAGAUGGAUCCCCAGAAUAUAAAAAGAGAUAAAACUGAAGAAAUAGAUACUGUGAUUAAAGGUAGUGAUGAAUUUAGCUCUACAGAUUCUGAUACAAGUAAAAACAUUUCAAGAAAGGGAAAAAUAACCAGGGAAAGCUGUAAGAAGAGAAGCGGAGUGAUUUCAAAAGCAAAGCAACAAGAUUUAGAUGUUGAAUCGGGAAGAGUGCUGAGAAAAGGAAGCAAGCAGCCAAGUGUGAGGUCUGCUCGAGAACAGUUGGAAGAGGCAAGAGAUGUGACUAGACCAGACACUUCAAAAAUAUACGAGAAGAACUUCCAGCAGAGCAAACCUGAAGAGCCUACUUCCACACCAGCAUUGCCUGUGAAAGUGGUUGCAAGGUCUAUUGAUGAAAUAAUUGCUUCCCUGCAGUCUACUUCUCCAUCUCCCUCAGACCAGACGAUCAAAGAACUCCUGGAGAGUGUUCUUGGCGAGAGCUACAACAUAAAAAUGGAAGCUCCAUCCUCAGAUGUGCUACAGGUGAAAGGAAAAGCAAUAUCAAAAAUUAAACCAGAUGAAGUUCAGAAAGAGCUACAAGAGGAACACGACUUGCAACAAUGUUUGCCUCCUCAGGCUUCAAAUGUCAAAAUUUGUUAUGAAGGAGUUCCUAUUUCAGAACAAUUCCAGAAUAAUCGGACAGAUGGGAUUCACUUUCUUCCCCCUGUUACAUCAAAAAGUCUAACUGAAUGCCGAAAAGUAGCUGAAUAUUGUCUUAAAAAGCCACAACUGCAACUGUUAGGAGAGAAAGUUUGCAUUUAUCCAGAAGCUUUAAAAAUGUUUUGGGCUCCAGCUCCACCAAAAUUCUCUGCUCCAAUUUCUUCAUUACAAGAAAUUUUAUUUCCUACGUUUGAGGGCAAUGUUAUUGAGGAUGUUGUAUUUGAAGACUUUUUCACUAAUCAUGAAGAAGAGUUAGAAGCUGAGCAAGAUAAUAAUGAUUUCUUUGAUUAUGGACUGGUGUGUAUUACGACAAGUUUGAUUAAAAGAUCAGUCUCAGCUCUGGAGAUGACUGCUUUCAAAGAUGAAACUAUGUUAAAUGUGUCAGCUAAUUUCCAAACCAGCAUGAAAGAAUUGAAUGUUAUGAAGCAACGGAUAGCUGAACCAGAGGUUCAGACAGAGAUUGGGAAAAGCUCCCCUGCCAAGCAUCUAUUGAAUCAAAUCUGUGAUGACCCUCAGUCAAUGCAGACAGACAUACCAGUAGAAAAACCGCCUACUUUGACCAGACAAGAGGAUAGUGAGAAUGACAUUGUUCUUGUGGAGCGACCUCAAAAGGCUGGGAUUAAAUACACUGUUUUCCCAAGAAGAAAGAAAACAAAGAAAUCGAAGAAAAUAAUAAACCCUAGAAAAUUAGAAGCCGUGAUUAAGAAAUUAAGUCAACCCCCAAAGAUUCUUAAAAGGUCUGUGUCUCUGGGAAGGCUUCCUAUUCAUGACAAAUUCAGUAUCAAGGUGUCUCCAGCAGUCAAACAAUAUCAGAGCCCCAGCAUCCCUUGUUUGUUAGAUUUUGAAAAGUUUGCAGAAGUGAGGGGUGGAAUUCCAAAAGAAACUUCUGUUCGCAUGUGGGUCAGUGGAAUAUGGAACUGCUGGUUUGAUGAAACUUUCCCUCCUAGUGGGACUGCUUCUGAGGAGAAGGAUACUGAAUUACUAAAAGGAACUGAGAUGGUGGACUCUCAAGAAGCAAAUCUACAAAUAGAACUAGUUGACUCAAUGCAGCCUGUUCUUCUUGAAGGUGCAACAGUUAGUAUUGAAGACUUAGAAAAAGAAGUAAGACGACUGACUGAGCUAAUAGAAAAGGAAGAGCAUCCUUCAGCUUUUUACUACUGCAGGCGUGGAGCAAUACAAAGAAAGUUAGGCAAGUUAAAGUCAGCUAUGGAUGACUUGGAAAAAUCACCCCAGACUUUAGAAGCAGACUGUCAAGGAUCUGAAAGGCUAAAAAUUCCACACCCUGACAAAGUGGCUAUAAGCUUAGAACCACUACUGCUUAAUGCUUACUGGCAUAGACAUUUGAUUUACCUCUUUCAAGACAGAAUUUCUGCUGCUUUGGAUGACCUGAAUUUUAUAACUAAAAGGAGCAAGCCCAAAGCAGAUACAUACCUGUCAAUGGCUGAAAUUUACAGGAAGCAAGGUGAUAAUACAUUGGCAAUCAUCCAUUAUAGCUCUGCAAUACAAUGCAGCCCUACAGAUGAUGACAUUUAUUUUAGGAGAGCUGAGUUGUAUUUUGAGGAAAAUCAAUUGUUAUUGGCCAUGGAUGAUUACAGCAAAUGUUUUCAGUAUAACCCAAAAAGAACAGAUGCUCUUAUGAAACAUGGAAUACAUUUCUUUGACUGUUCAGAUUUGACUACCGCUAUUCAGGAUUUUGCAGCUGUGAUCAAGGAAGACCCCAGCAAUGCUCAGGCGAGGCUGUAUCGAGGAAGAGCAUAUGCUAAGCAGCAGCAGUAUAGAGAUGCAAUACAAGACUUAGCAGCAGCGGUUCAUCUAGACCCUUCUUGUUGGUUAGCAUUCUACUAUAGAGGUUGCAUACUACGACAGAUUGAUCCAAAAAGAGCUGUGCAGGAUUUCAGUGUUUCUGUACUCAUCAAUGACAGUCAGGAAAAUUUCUGUUCUUUCCUUCAUCGUGGGAUUGUUUACUCAGAACAGUGUCAAUGGUCACUUGCAAUCUGUGACUUUGAAAGUGUCCUAGCUUUGGACAGCUCUGUCAUCUUUGCUUACCUAAAUAUUGGUUUGAUACUGCUGUUGCAUCUCGAUCAAUACUAUGAAGCUAUUCGACAGUUUACUAAUGCCAUUGAAAUUGAUCCUCUCAAUGUUCGAUCCUAUGUAUGCAGGGCGCAAGCAUAUCAUAAGAUUCAUAAUUUACCAAGUGCUGUGAAGGAUAUAAACCGGGCCAUUCAUCUUUAUCCAAAUAAAUCACAACUUCGCAUAUUAAGUUUUGGAAUGCUGUUGGUAGAUACCCUUGUGUUCUUUGAAACCUGCUGUGAAUGGGUUUAA